UCCAGGGAGGGGGCGCGGGGGCUCCGCCGUGCCUCAGGGCCUCCCCGCCGCGUCCGGCCCCUCCCCGAGUAACGGGGCCGGCGGCGCCGCCAUCGCUUCUGAGGGGGCGAAAGCGGGGGCCGGGUCCGCCUGGAGGGCGCGGGCGGUGUUGCCGGUUCCCCGCCCGGUCCCGCGGCUUCCCGCGGUUCCCCCAGCGGCCGCUGUGGCCGGGCUCUCCUGCACGGUUGUUUUUCUUCCUCAGCCCGGUGCGAAGGAGAUGCGCCCCGGGGCGGUGCGAGCGCGGGCCCCGGCCCUCCGUGGCGAGCUGCCCCCGCCGGGGGUCCCAGCGGCCUCCGCCGCCUCCCGCCGGGCGGGGCUGCGGCGGGGCCCGGAGGUGCCGCCGUCCCGCAGCGGUUCCGUGCCGGGCAGGGCUGCGAGGACGGUUCCGCUCAUUUUCUUCCUUUCAGAUGAUUUUAAAGCUCCGUGGGAGGAACCGGAGCCUUCGGAGAGGGCACGGCCGCUGUCAGAAGUUUGUGGUUUAAUUACCGAGGGUGCGGGGUCCUUCUGUGCACCGGCAGCGCCCGGGGGCCGGCGGAGUGUGCCGGGCUGCUGUAGCAGCAGCUGGGCUGAACAUCCCUGAAUCAGCCCGUAUUUGGUCACUUUUGGGUUUAGGAGACGUGGCCAUUGAGAUGUCUCAGUCCUUUUGUCUUAAAGAAUCUCCUUGUGGAAGGCUUCAAGUUGCAAGCCCAGCUCUGCUCUGGCGGUGUCUGUGGCAAUGCCACUGUCAUUGCACCGAUGCACUGGGAGGAAGGUGGCUUCCAUCUGUGAAGGCUUUGAGCUGGAUCUGUCUUGAACCUCCGUUAUGAAGUCGUAAAUCUAAAAAAUAUAAAUAACUUCAGUGUCUGUCAGGGAGCUAGUCAGAGGUUUGAUUUAAGGACUGCCUGCCGAGGUGUUUAGGCUGGCUGGCAUUUGGGUGGAAGGAGCUGGCUCUCUGCUGGUGACCCAGUGACACAGGUACAGCAGUGCCAGGCAUGGAGUGAGGGAUGAUCCAGCUACUAUGUGAAUGGAUCCUGCCGUUCCUCCCCACAGCCCUGUCAGUGGUGUACAGCUUGUGAGGAUACUUGUGUUCCCUCUGUGUAGCCCCUGGACUUCUGCCGAAGUGGAUUUAUAGGGCUUGAGGGUGGUUUGUUUCCUUGUUUUUUCUCUUGUGUUUGUUUUGGUUUUGCUAGCCCAGGUUAUGCAUUGAAGCAUGUAAACAUUCAGAAGGAACAGUGUGGGUGAGUCCAAUGAGGCUCAUGUCUUGUACUGAGGAUGUUCAGGAUAACUCUUGGUGCUUCUGAGUAAGAUUUUUUUGGCUAUUGGAGUGUUUUCUUACUGCUUGCCAGGAGAAAACCUAAUCAGACAAGCAUCUGACUUCCAGCAACUUGCAUCAUCUUUUGUGUGUAAAUUAUAAUAUUUUAGACCCAUGUGGCUUUGCUUGAAAAACUGGAGAAGAGCAUAAGGCAGCUACUGUGGAACUUCACAGCAGGAGCUUGGUGGUCUCAUUCUCCAUCCUGCAUUUCUUCUUAGGAUCCAGGUUCUUUGAACCAGGUGUGUCACUGCAGAUGGCAGGGAUGCUUUUCUGGCAGGUGACCCUGGGGGCAGAGGCUGUACUAUGUGACCUUGCACAAAGUCAGCUCAUUCAAACAUCCUGAGCUCUGACAGGUAAAAAAAAAUCAGAAUUUAUAGGAUGCCCAAAGCAGCACAUGAGACUGUAAGUCUAAAGCAGUCACCUAAUACACCUCAUCACCCUUGUGUGGUGGGGAAGGCAUUUCUUCACACAGUUCCUCUCACCUGUCUUCUGGCCAGGACCUCGGGCACAGUGGGUGCAUGAGAUGUCUAAGCCUCAGCAGCAUCUUAGAGCCAUUGAUGAACCAGAAAUAGAACGAUCUCAUACUAGAUUAUCCACUUAAAGAGACCUACAGUUGCGUAGCUGCACUUCCAGCUUGCAGGACUGAUUGUAAAUCCACUAAAAAUAGAUCUUUAUUUCACACUAGGCUUACACAUGCUCCCUGUCAAAAUGCUUUUAAUUUCCCUCUCUGACGUGUGCUGGUGUAUUUUGUAUUCUGCUCAACGUUUCUGAGAAUCACAGGCAAAAAUGUUCUUCAGUGUUGCUCCUCCUACAGAGCUAAAACUCUACACGUUCCAUAAAAUAAACUUUAAAGGUUCAUCUGGAUGCCCAAAGCCAUGGCAGGAUCCCACAAGUGCUGUCAGAGCUAGAUGACCAGUAAAUUGGGGAAGUCAUGUAAACUUCCAUAAUUAGGGGCACAGGAACCCUCAGCUACCACUGCUGUGAAUAGUGGAGGGGGGGAAAUUCUGUUUUGGGGGUAAAGAAUAGCCAGUGUUGAAGUUGUAGCUCUGGGUGGAGGGCUGAUGUGGUGCUGGGAGUGUCAGGCUGGGGAGGGAUAGAAGGGGCAGUGCUGGAGACUGGGAUUUGGUGUCUGAAGCUUGCAGGAUCCUCUCCUCCAGUUCUUCCAUUAAGUGCUCUGUAUACUUAAUACAGCUCUUGAUUGGAAAUUGUUCCCCUGAGCAUAGAUUCUUUUAUCCGUAUGUAAAUGCUCCUUUGUGCUCAGUUUUAGGCCACAUACUUCACUUGCUGUGUCUGUCACUGGAGAGAGGUUUGAAUAAUUCCCUGAUUUUUUGGAACAGACGUGUUGUAUUUUGCAGAUCUCGCUGGGCUCGGGAGCAAUGAGUUUCCCCGUGUCAGCUGUCUGCAGCCUUUGAGUGAUGGGGUGACAGCUCAGGAGGGAGGCAUGGAGACCUUGUAACCUAUGGAGGGAGGAAAAAGUGUGAUGGAGCUGUAUGGAAUUUAAUUAGUUUACUCUCUCUGAAUAGGGCUCAUCACUUGUUUUGGUUUUUCUUCACACUCUUUGUGUUUUCAUUGGGUUUUAACUCAAGUCAGUUUUCUAGUUCUCUUCCCCAUGAAGUUCUUACCUCAUUCUCAGAAGCUUGUGAGCUUCAAGCAUCUGCAGAAUACCUGUUGGGUGCAUAUGAUUAGAGAAAUUCCAUUUGUAGAGUCAAGGUUUAGAUUGGAAGGACCUUUAAAGAUCAUCUUGUUCCACCCUCCUGCCACAGUCAGGGGCAGCUUCCACUAGUCCAGGCUGCUCCAAGCCCCAUCCAGCCCAGCCAUAUCAAACAUACAGUUGAAGGGCAGAACUGCACUUGGGUUUUUCAUUACUUGUGGAGGGCGGAGAUGGUCUGAGGUGCAAACGUUGGCCUGCACAGCUUUGGGGUGAUUUUGCUCGUGUCCCAUUGGCGUGGCUGCUGCAGUGACUCACUUCUAGAUCUUACUGGUAGAAAUGGGGCGUCUGGGUCCUUCCUCUGGCUUCCCACACGAGUCAGACCGAGAGACAGCGCCGUGUUGCUGACGCCUAAAACGUGGGGACAGAUGACACCAGGGCUGUGCACCGUGUGGCCGUGAUGCUGGGGGAAUUUAGACCAUGGUUAUGAAGAAGUUCCUGAAUGAAUUCCUGUUGCUGCUUUCCAUGCCUGUUCCAGGCCAUGGCCUGUGCCUGUCUCAGGCUCUUUUUGCUCGUGGCCCCGGGUCUGUGGAGCUGGGUGCCUUUGCAUUCCAAGAGCAGCACUGUCUGCUGCCGGGAAGGCGCAGGAGCCGGCGCGUGGUCGGCAGCUGUAGGGUAAUCUGCUCCCAAAGAAACUGAGUGGUUUACAUCUACUGCAGCUUAUUUUUGCUCAUUGUUUCCUGUUUAUGUGGAUAAUCUUCUUAUCCACAGAAAUGUCCGGUCCUCUCUUUGAAUCCUUGAGUUUUUGCUUGUAGACAUUUCGGAGCAGUAAGUUCCACAGGCUUAAAAAAAAAUAAAGUAAUAACCUCUUUACUUUGUAUAUAAGUUACAAUUCUAUUCUUGUUAUGAUAUAUGAAAGGAUGAGUUGUUAUUUAUUGUGUUGCCUUUUAAUAUCUGAUUUUCUUCAUUUUAUGUCAAAGGCAAGCACUCUUAAGUCUUUUUAGUGUCUCUAGGCAAUUUUUUUUCCCAAAUCCUUUACUGAUUUUUUGUCCUUUUCUGAAUUCUGUCCUUCUCUGACAUGAAUUCUGACUCUAAACUUGUGGUUCCCUUCCUGGGAUGGAGUGAAGAUGAAAUGAAUGCAGUAAUCUGAGGAAGGUACAGUAUUGGAUUGUAUAGCUGCACAGCAAUACUUUUAGUGACAAAAAACGACUGGAUGCUUUGUGGAGAGGUAGGAAAAGGGUUUACAUUGUUACGGGUCACCACUCUUCAGUUUGGAAGGUUUAUGUGGCAGCAGCUCCAUCUAUUGUAUAGUGAAGUCUGGUAAAGCUUCCAUGGGGUGGGGUCAAGGCCAAAUUCUGCUGCUUUUUCUCCUCCAUGUUUGUAUUUCUUGGGGAAGAGAUGAAGGUGAAGUCUUUUGUGGCUUUGAUCCAUGUUCACCAGGAUCUUGAGGUAGCCUGAAAUUUUACUGUGUCUUUGCAGGUGCAUCAAUUUUGAGGGUGCACAUUAUUGGGUCGGGGCCACAGCUGAUGGAGUAGUUCUGAGAAUGCAGAAGGCAAUUCUGUAAUGACACUUGGUCUUUCUGUCUUUUCAGGUGCUGGAAAAUUACUCAGAUGCUCCUAUGACCCCAAAACAGAUUCUGCAGGUCAUAGAGGCUGAAGGUCUAAAGGAAAUGAGUGGCACAUCUCCCCUGGCCUGCCUCAACGCCAUGCUCCACUCCAAUUCCCGGGGAGGGGAUGGGCUCUUCUACAAACUGCCUGGACGCAUCAGCCUUUUCACACUCAAGUGGUCCCGGAACCUGUCAGUGCCAGAAGGGGAGGAGCUGGAGGACACAGCAGAUGCAGAAAGCUGUGGGUCCAACGAAGCCAGCACUGUGAGUGGUGACAACGAUGUGUCUCUUGAUGAAACUUCUUCUAACGCCUCAUGUUCCACUGAAUCUCAGAGCAAGGGACCUGCUACCAGGGAGAGCUACAGAACUGCUUCCCAGACAACCAAACAGAAGAAAAAGACGGGUGUGAUGCUGCCACGGGUGGUGUUAACCCCACUGAAAGUAAACGGGGCACACAUGGAGUCUGCCUCAGGCUUCACAGGAAGGCACGCUGAUGGGGAGAGCAGCAGCACAUCCAGCAGCAGCAGCAGCUCCUUGGCCCUGUGCAAAACCAGCCUGCGCAGUAGGACAGAGAUAAACAGGGAUCCUCCACAGCUGCUGAGGGGCAUCCGAAAGCCCACGGCUGGACAAAUGAAACGUAACAGGGGUGAGGAUAUUGACUUUGAAACCCCAGGCUCCAUCCUUGUCAACACAAACCUGCGAGCGCUGAUCAACUCCAGGACCUUUAACGCGCUUCCAUCACACUUCCAGCAGCAGCUGCUUUACCUCCUGCCUGAAGUCGAUAGACAGGUGGGGGCUGACGGGCUGAUGCGCCUCAGUGGCAGCGCUCUGAACAACGAGUUCUUCACCCACGCUGCACAGAGCUGGAGGGAGCGGCUCGCUGAUGGUGAAUUCACCCACGAGAUGCAAGUUCGAAUCCGGCAGGAGAUGGAGAAGGAAAAGAGAGUGGAGCAAUGGAAAGAGAAGUUCUUUGAGGACUACUAUGGGCAAAAGUUGGGCUUGACCCAGGAAGAAUCCCAGGCGCAGAAUUCAGUGCAGGAGGACGCUGAGAACAGGACAGAGCUGUCUGUUAAAGGAGAAGCAAGGCUGCCCCGCGGGCCGGCCACGCGCCAGAGGGACGGGCGCUUCCGGAAACGCUCCCGGGCCGACCUGCGGUGCCGGGCCAGGAGGAGCCUGUACAGGCUGAGGGAACCUGAGCACACGGAGACUCCCAAAGAAGCUGCUCCCGUGGGGCCAGAUCCCUCACUUCAUAAAGAGCCAAAGCCUGAGACAGACCUGAAGAAAGAUGAUCUGACCAGCCCCUCGGCUGCAGGAUUGAAGGCAGAGACUACCGAACUGCACCUCUCUCCAGAGACUUCCAAAUCAAACAGCAAAUCAGAAGAUCCAUCAUUGGCAGCUACCAGCAGAAUUCCCAGUUUGCCCCAGGAGAACUCUGCUCAGGAGUCCAAGGAGCAGAAGAGGAAAAGCUUUGAGGAGGCUGCCUCUGCGUCCUUCCCCGAAAAGAAGCCCCGGCUUGAAGAUCGUCAGUCCUUUCGUAACACAAUUGAAAGUGUUCACCCAGAAAAGCCACAGCCUACUAAAGAGGAGCCCAAAGUCCCACCCAUCCGGAUUCAACUUUCACGUAUUAAACCACCCUGGGUGGUUAAAGGUCAGCCCACUUACCAGAUCUGCCCCCGGAUCAUCCCCAGCACGGAGCCCUCCGGCCGGGGCCGCCCCGGGGCCCGGACCCUCGCAGACAUUAAGGCCCGUGCUCUGCAAGCCCGAGCCCAGCGCGAAGCCGCCACCGCCGCCAUCGGAGGAGGGGGUGGCCCUGGUGGGGGGAGAGGCACCGACGAAGGAGGCGGUGGAGGAGAAUCCAGCGGCCGUUCCCAGCACAGGAGAUCCAAGAGAGCUCACGGAAAACGUGCGUCAGAUCUACAGCGAGCACAACUACAGCUGUCUGUUCAUCUGAGCGGAGGGAAGGCUGACUCCAAAGGGGCUGCUCAGGAAGCCAGCGUGAAUUCCUGCCUCUCUUCCAGACAAGAUCACUCUUCCUCAAAAAGCGAAAGGAGCAGCAUUCCGGGCUGUGCCACGGGGUCAGGGGACAGUCAGCCUGGUGAUGGGUCACCCAGGAGACCGUUCUGUGGUUCUCUGACUGUGUCAUCCUUGGACAGUGCAACUCCUGAGAGGCAGAAGGAGAGUCCUGAGCAGCUGCUCCAUGACCCAAGGACCGAGCUCCCAUCUUGUGCUGCAUCACAGGAGAGCACAAAGCUGGGAUGUGUGGUUCCUGUGGUGACCAAUCCGUCGUGUUCUGGGGGGCAGGGAGCUGGGGUCAGUCCCACGGGACACAGGGCUGUGGUGGAACUCGGAGAUGUUGGUGCUCCCACCAUACAGCUGGAUUAUCCUGAUGUAAAGCAAAAUUCCUCCAGUUGUCCUUUUCCACCAGAAUUGUCAUCGGGUGUCACAGAACGCCAUGAUCCCGACAAGGUGUCUGGUUUUAGAUAUAACAACUCCCAAACAUUUCUGGAAAAACGUGUUGCUGAUAAUACCUCCAAAACGGUGACUGUUGGAGUGAAGAAAGCGAUCCCUGCAGUGUGUGAUGCUGCACAGCUGCAGGCAGGGAAAGGCAGUGAUGGCAAACUGAGCAAUGAGGAACAAAAGGCAGAGGCUCUACUGCAGCUCUCUGUGCAUGGUGACUUUAUUUCUCAGAAUAGGAUAGAUACCUCUGAAAAACUCCUGCAGCCACGGGAGAGGUGCCCCAGAACCGAACCGGAAAACGCACAUCAGCCCCUGGGAGAGACUCAGGAACUGAAGAGAAGUGGAGAUGAAGAAAUACAGAGUACACACAGUGAAACAACAGACACUGCUUCCGAUUGGGAAGGGGACAUGGCUGAUGAGAAUGUGGAGGUGGAGAUGUGUUUCAGAAGUGUCAGCUGUAGGGAGGUGGCUGAGAAAGGCUCUUCCUGUCACAGCAGCAGUGAGAAGCGCAAUGGGAUUAGGUCAAAACUGUCUGUGGAGACAGAGAGUCUGGCCUGUUCUGGGGACUUGGCUGCACCCCCACCUCAGAGGUGGGGACCCCAGAAAGCCGAGUGUCCGGCCAGCUCUGCUCGGCCCGUGUCCUCCAUCGAGACCAACAACCCUUUGGUGAUGCAGUUGCUGAAGGGGAAGCUUCCACUGGAAGAAGUUCUCCCAGUGUCACAUGUCAACAUCAAGCUGGAAAUUGCACAGCCAGUGCUGCAGAAGCAGUCAGAAAGCCUCUCCCUGCAACUGGACAGAAGCAGUGGUCACUAUUUUGGCAAAGAAUCUUCUCCAGAUGUAGGAAUAAAGACGAGUGCCCAAAGCAGGAGCGAUGAUGUUCACUCAGUGAGAUCUUCCAUAGAUCCCCAGGAAAAAACCUGUGGAUCAGGAGCAGCAUUGCCUAGAGCAGAGGGUGCAGAGGAUCAGGUGGUCCCAGAAAAACAUUCCAAAGUUGGUUCGACUUUAAGCUGCCAAGACCAACUGGCAAACGUGGCAAGUGCCUCUCUGAAGUCUGAAGAUGCGGACCCUCGGGAAAGAACAUUUUCUUCCUGUAGCUUUGAGGAGCAGAAGGAGUUGCCCAAGGUCCACCGGAUGCCACAGCACAACCCAUUAGCAAGUGUCACAGCAAGUAAAAGCCCAGAGAAGCUGAAUGCCUCUACAGAGCCUCGGUUUUUAUCUCCAGGUGUAACUUCUCUUGGACCAAACCAGACAGGAGGUGCAUUAGUCAAUAAAAAUUAUGGUGGGGUUCAAGGCAAAAAGCUCUUUGGUUCUGGUUUUCCUUCCAGCCCCAGCGUGAGACUGCAUCACUCCAGGGCUUUGGAACACAGUUCAGCCAUGGAAACCUUGUCCCCUGGCAAACAGAUUCCCUUGGACAAGGGCUGUGCAUUGGGAGAAGGAAUCCCAGCUGCCAGGGAGGAAUGGACUUCAAAGCAGCACAGCAGCAACCCUGGAGGGAUCAGAAGUGAGAAGGUGCUGGUGUGUGGCAGCCCAGCCAAGAGUAAUGCAGAGAACCAGGGGGAUGUGGCCCAGCAGCCCACGGAACUGGCGGGGCACACACAGAGAGAGCCACUGGUCAUGGACUGGCCCUUCUUUAAGUUUUCAAGGGAUCCAGGAAAAGGACAGUGUCACCCUUUGGAGCCUUCAUCCAUCCCCUCUCAGCUCAAUAUCAAGCAAGCGUUUUAUGGGAAGCUUUCAAAGCUGCAGCUUAAUUCCACCAGCUUUAAUUAUUCAUCCAACACUCCGGCUUUCCCCCGAGGCCUUGCUGGGAGCGUGGUGCAGCUCACCCACAAAGCGAACUUUGCUGCGAGCCGGAACACGGCCCUGGCUGUGCAGAUGUUUGCUGACAGCAGCAGCGUCGACGAGAUCUCGUUCCAGUGCUCGUGCAGCCUCAAAGCCAUGAUCAUGUGCAAAGGCUGCGGCGCCUUCUGCCACGACGACUGUAUAGGACCCUCUAAGCUCUGUGUAUUGUGCCUUGUGGUGAGAUAAUAAAUUAUGGCCAUGGGACAGGUUGUAUAUUCAGUGUGUGUAUUUUGAUAAGGACUGAUCCUAACGCCUGUACACAAAGUACACAAAGUACUCUCUGUUCAUAGUAGAAACGCUGUUACACUUUGUUUUGGUGAGGAACGUUGAGCUGCCUUCCCACGGAGGUCGACAGUGCAGAGCUCAUUCCUGCUGAUGGCGACACCCUGCUCUGGGUGGGCUGUGUCCCAUGGGAGCGAUCCUGCUGCUUCCUGCUGUCAUGGAAAUUCCAGCUGUGCUCUGGUAUCGCACUGAGGCUGACGCCGGGGGGAGAGGCCGUUCGCUGUGGCAAUCCCUGGACCUUCUGUGGAGGAAAUCCUUACAUCCAAAGGAACUGGAAGAUGGUAUUUGCUAUUUCAGGGCUGCACAAGGUGAGGCCCUACAGUCUUCCACUCUCCCUUUCUGCCAUCUCCAUUCCCGGUUUGUGUGGGAAGUGCUGCUGUGCAGUGAGUGUAAGCAGAAGAGCUGCCCUGCAGGGAUGGUCCCAUGUAGUCGUUGGAUGCUGCAGCAGGAUGUGGUGCCCAGGGAUGUGCUCUGCAGGUGGUUCUGGAGCCGUGUACAGCCCACCACGGGCCACAUGGAACCCACGUGGAGAAUGCAAGAAGAGGAAAAAAAAUCUCGGGGCAAGUGCCAAGCAAAUGCCUUCUGCUGGCCUGCAGGAAGCUGUGUGGCCAGGGAACUGUUCCUGGCUGAACUGGCCCAGCGGCUGUGCCUGCCUCCUUUGGCCAACUUCCACAAACUGCUGUGGAACACUGGAGGUUCCCUGGAGCUCAGUGAUCGGGUCAGUGAGCUCUGCACUGCAGCUUUGUGGUGAGGACCUGAAACCCCACAGCAGCUGAGCACCUGCGAGCAUCGAGCUGUGCAUCUGUGUGACCAUCACCUAACAUUUAAAGCAGUGUUCUUUCCUCUUUUUUAUUUUCCUUUUUUUUUAUAUAUUUUCAUUAUUGGAUGUAUAAAGUGAGUUAUUUGGCUCCUGUAAGUAUCCUCUCUGCAUCUGUUUGAUCAUAUAUUUAUAUGUUGUACACAGUACUGGCCAACUCUGUAAAUGGAUGUAAUGUACAUAGAGCAUAAAGGGGUCUUUUUUUUUCCUUGGAUUUCCAGGCUCUACAGCAGUAUUGCAUUAAAGUGGUGUUAGUUAUUGUCAGAGCCACUGUAUUCCGUCUUGCCUGACGUGAGGCUCACCACACUGGGGUCUUGGUUCCAGCAGCCUCCCCGUGCCCGAGGUGCCUGGGUGGACUGUGCUGAGCAGGCUCAAGGAUGACCAGGUGGGAUUUGCUGAGCCGAGCUCACUCCCCGAUUGCUCAUUUUAGCUCUUGCCAGUUGUUGCUGCACCUGAGCUCCCAGGGCAUGGCUGUACCUGCACUGCAAGGAGGUGAAUGAACAUCCAUGUGCAUCCAGAGAGGGAGAGCAAAACUGCAAUUCUCUUCCUCUUUGGAGCAAUUCCUAAGCAAGAGUUAAUUGCUUCAGUGAGGGGGAGAAGCCGCUGGCUUAUUCAAGCGGGCAGUAGCAAGAAUUUUAGGGAGUUUAUUUUCAUUUUUUUCUUCUCGUCCCUUUUCCAGCUCCAUCCUACCUCCCUUCACCAUGCACUUUCUUUCAGCCGUGCAAGUUCCUUUUUCAGCCACAAUCGUGAGGGGUGGAACAAGUUCAGUCCCUGAGAUGUUUUUUAUCCUCAAUGCAUCCACCAGCCUCAUCCCACGAGAAUGAGAGCCCGGUGCAGCGGCACCCCGGCCUGGGCAGGGCUGCGGUGCCCCUGGGGGCGAGCAGAGGUGUGGAACCUGCUUACCAAAGAUGGGGAGCGGAGCAGGGGGCUGGCUCUGCCUCCUGGGGGGCCACUGCAGUGUUCAGCUCGGACUGGUCUGGGGGGCAGAGCCCUCGGGGGGGCCUGCUCGUGUCUGUCCCUUGUGCUAUUGGAAAAAUAAACACUGUAAAAUCUG